UACGCCUCACAGCUCGACGGAUAAUCGUGGUGGACUGAGCUGCUGAGGUUAACCCAGAAAGAGUCGUCGGCGGUGCGGAAAACCCUCCGUGUACGUCGCGUCUAAUAUGCUCUAAAGCACCGAGGGGGGCGCCAUGGAUUUCUACAUCAACCUGAAGGUGAAUUUCAGGGGAAAUUCCAAGAAUUUCCUGCUGUCGGGAUCCGAGACCAAGAGCUGGGAGUCGAUGGAGGCCAUGGUCAAGCGCUCCUUUGGCCUGUGCAGCCUGCAGCUGACCUACUUUGAUGAGGAGAACGAGGAGGUGUCCAUUAACAGCCAAGCUGAGUAUGAGGAGGCUCUGAAGAGUGCAGUGAGGCAGGGGAACCGACUGCACAUGAAUGUGUACGAGACUCGAGGCCAGCCGACGAGGGUUGCCACCACCAAGGCCAGCGGAGCAGAACCCAAGAGGGGCUUCAGGCCCCCCCAGCACUGCCCUUCACUUGCUCAGGUGGUCAGUCGCAAGGUCCAGGCUGCAGUGCCAGAACAGGGCAUGGUGAUCAUGAAAGAAGUAAAAGGGACCAAAGAAGAAGACAAGACUCCUCCAGCCUGGUUCACCUCCUACAUGGAGAAGUUUAAGGACCAGGUAGUUCGUGAGGCAGUGGAAAAGAUCUGUCGGGAGUUUUCAGGACAGUGCUGCAUCCACAAACCCCUGGGAGGGGGAGCAGGAGCAGCAGGAGGAGCUGGUGGAGCUGGUGGAGGUAGAGUGGAAGCUGUAGGAGGAGCAGAGACCCAGCAGGUCCCCGAGGUGUCCUCUUCCACUCUGCCUGGAGCUCCGUCCUCCUCAACUCCUCCCUGCUCGUCCUGCAGGGGGCAGACUACUGGAGGAGGCUAUCAGUGCAGCGUGUGCACCUCUUGUACUCUGUGCGAGCCCUGCAGCUUCUCCCACGAUCCCAGUCACAAUCUGGUGAGAGCCAGGACUCCCCUGUCCAUCCCGGAGCACGGAUCACCGGCCCCAGACCACAGCAGGUUCUACAGGCGGGGGGAUCGCAGUUUCCGAAAGGCAGAGAAGCAGCGGCUGAAAGCUGAGAAACGCCUGCUGAAAGCUGAGGUGAAGGAAAUCCGGAAGCAGCUGAGGAUGGAGAGGCGGGGCAUACAGUGGAGCUCGUCCCAUCGAGACGGAAGCUCCUCCCCCGUCCUCCUGCAGCCUCGAGCCACACAGCACAACAGCCCAGAGCGACCAAAGCGCCCCUGUCCCCUGGUGGUUCCUGCCAUGACGGCAGCGUUUUUGGACGAAAACCUUCCUGACGGAACGCGUCUGCGUCCUGGGACCAAGUUUAUCAAGUACUGGAAGAUGAGGAACACUGGGACUCUCAGCUGGAGUGCUGAUACUAAGCUGAAGUUUAUGUGGGGAAACCUGGCAGUGGGAUCUGGAGACCGCUGGAGAGAAGUGGCAGUUCCCUUCCUGCAGCCAGGACAGGUUGGCAUAGUGAGUGUAGCGCUGUGUGCUCCCACUGUGGAGGGCUCCUACACAUCUCACUGGCGUCUGGCCCACGCUGGGGAGCAGUUUGGACCGAGAGUGUGGUGCAGCAUCGUGGUGGACCCUCUGGCUCCAGCACCCAUGAUGGCUGAUGGGAUCCUGGUUUCACCCUGUGUCACACCGCAGGGCAAGAACCCAGUAGCCAAGGAUGGUAAAGCAUGUGCAGCUUCCAGGGAACAGCCGUUACUGUCGGUGGACCAAGAAGAGUAUUACAUCCCGUCUGUAGACCUGCUCACCGCACAGGAUCUUCUGUCUUUUGAGCUGUUGGAUAUCAACAUCGUCCAAGAGUUGGAGAGCGCCCCCACCAACACGCCUGCUGACAUGACACCCUGCAUGUCCCCUCUGUCUCAAGAUGGCCCUCUGCUGGACAAGGGCAGCCCCUCCUUGGGUCUGAUUCAGGAAGAGACUGAAGUCAUCAAUAGCAUCAUGGAUGUCCCCCACGGGGUAGGACCUGGUGCUGAAGGGGGCGGAGUCCCAGCUCAGGAGGAAGGGGAGGAUGACAUCAGUGGUACUCAGUUUGUUUGUGAGACUGUGAUUCGCUCGAUGACCCUGGAGGAGGCCCCUGAUCACAUACCUCUGAGAGGAUCCUGCCCAGGAACAGGAAAAGUGGUACGUCCAGCUGCUCAUGGCGGCUCCUCCUCGCUGUCCUGUCUGAGUAAAACGGUGAAAAUGGAGGAGAGUCCCGACAGCUGCUCUAGCAACUCCAAGACUCCCGUGAAACCCCUCGUUGGUCUCAAGGCGUCCAUCCCUUCCCCACUGAAAGCCUCCCUGCCCACUCCAACGUCUGUGACCCUGAACGUGCUGCCUGGCCCGAGCUCAGCACCGGGGCCGCUCCACGCUUCAGCCGGGACCGCCACGCUGACAGAACACACGGCCACAGGUGAAGCUGAGGAAUCGCACAUGGAGAGCAUCUGUGUGGAGUCCAGAGUGAGGGAGAAGCAAGAAGAGGAGGAGAAGAGCGAUGUAAUGAGGAGUCGCUCCUCCUCCACAUCCUCCGAGGAUUACAUCAUCAUCCUCCCCGAUUGCUUUGACACCACUCGGCCCCUGGGAGAGUCCAUGUACAGCUCUGCUCUGUCCCAGCCCGGAGACGUCCAAGCCAAGACCGACACAGACCCAGAUACCCCCUCAGCUGAGCGUCGGGACAGUGCCGCAGGAGAGAGGGAGGCGGACGAGGUGGAUGAAGCGGCUCCAGGAAUGGAGCUGUCAGGAGCCAGCAGUGCCAACGAUAUGCUGUGUACAUCCCAGACGCUGGACGAUGAGCCGCUGACUCCUGAAGUAGUCACACCGCCUAAAGCUGUCGUCACAUCACACCCAGAGAGCAGCGCAGAGAGAGAGGAGGAGGAUGCCGGCGCUGAGGAAGGAGCGCAGGGUUCAGAACUGUACCAGACUGAGGACGAAGCAGCUCCUGAGUGCGCUCAGACUGAUACUGAAGCUACUGACACAGAGAAGAGCGACCCCGAGGACCCCAGGCAACAAGGCCUCACCGGCGGCCUGGUGAAAGGAGCUCUGUCAGUAGCUGCCUCUGCCUACAAAGCCCUGUUCACCGGACAAGGCCCCACACAGCCUCCAGUGGAUGCAUCCACCCAGGACACCAUGAUGGCCGUGCUGGUGGAGAUGGGUUUUGCAGACCGCUCUCUGAACCAGCGUCUGCUAAAGAAACACAACUACAGCCUGCUGGACGUGGUCAAUGAGCUCGUUCAGAUGACCGACAAUGACUGGUACUCUACACGCUACUGAUGACGAGAAUUCCAAACUCUUCCUCCUUCUUUUCAGCUCUCCACUAAUUUGCCCUUUUGGACCGAGGACUAUACUACGAGCUUGUAAGGGGACAUUCCAGCCAGCCCUGGAUCCUCCAGCGGACCAUCACCCACCCAUUGUCUGUAGUUUUAGUACUUUCAGCGUAGAUCUUGAUAGUUGCAGGUUUUCUUUGCAUAUCUGUCUAAGAAAGGUGAAAACAGGCAUUCUAUGUCUUCAAAUGUGAAUCACACCACAUGCUAACAUCAUGGAGUUUAACGAAGUGUGAAGCGUGAAAGCAUUCGCUUCCAUCAAACCUGAGCUAAAGUUGUGUUGGCUGCAGAAACUCCACAGUUGCUAUACCUGCUCCUGUUGGUUGCAGGUAUCCCAAAAAGCUACAAACGGCACCCUCACGCUUUUCCUUUGCUCAAGUCCACAGCAGCAGACUCUCACAGGUCGCCUACCGAACCCGCUCGCUCGAAGAAAAUGCAGCUUCGUGCUGAUGGUUCUGCUGAGGCAUCGAGUCAUCUCAUCUCCUCAGUCUUGUUCGCCUCGUCGAGUUGGCUCCAUCACACCAGCUGGUGGUGCAUGUUUCUGCGUAUUGUGGUGAAAACUGUAACAACCAGCUUGACUGCUGUUCACAGAGCUAGCAUUGUUUGCAAAUUUCCUUUCAUUAGAUAUCAUUGACCUGUGUCCCAGAGCCAGGCUCACACAGCUCGUCUGCACAGUGUCAGCUUCAGGUUUGCUUCUUUCUCUGUUUUAUUGGACCAGCCAUUCCAACAGCUACUAAUAACUUUAUUAUUGGGUUGUAAAUAAUCAAACUGACUGUAGGUAAGCAGAACUGGUCAGGUGAUGUAGUGUGUGUGAGGCUUUACUGUAUAAGAAAUCUGACCCUUUGGUGUUUCCAGAGCUCCAGCUGGAGGAGCAGGACUGCUCCGACACAUUCAUGUUGAUGUGACUUGUGAUGAUGAAUGCAAUGAAGUACUUUGAUGUUUAAAUAGCCGUGCUAUUCAAAACACACAUUCCUCCUUUUUUUUGAGUCAGUUUCCCAGAACUCACAUAUGUGCUCAGACCAGAUCAUCCAUAACAACUCACUGAAAUCUGAGUAACGCUCCUUCAUGGUGGUAAAGACGUGUGUGAUGAGCUUUUUGCAGCGUGCCGUUUUGGUUGCACGUUACCUUUGUCCUGUAACUUUAGUCCGUCACUAAAACUAAAGGGAUUUUCUCAUAUACAUUAAAUACAACAUGUGUGCAUAACCUGUUUUAGAGAAGUCAUUGAAAACCAUUUCCACUCAGUGUAGCUGAAACUUUGAGUCGGACUGUUAGCUGGUGUGUGAUUUACUGCUGUUGUUGAGUUGUGAGUCAGUGGUGGUGAACAGACUACACUGUCCCACUGGAUGAUGGUUAACUAGCUAAUCAACCAGGUUUGUUUAGCACUCAGAGCUGCAACCUCGCGGAGAACCACAGUUUACCCAGAACUGCAGUGGAAACGCACCCAGUUCCUCUGAAUAGAGCUAUCGUAGCUAAACUUAAUGAGCAGCAGCGUACAUUCUUCCUUUGCUGUCACACAAAGCUGUCUCCACAUUCAAACAUCUGACUUUCUCUGUAAGGACCCCUCUAUGUGUUUCAUCUUUUUAUUUCCCCCUGACUCACCUACCCAUGUUUACAUGCUUCUACUGUUUUGAUGGGAGACGCAGUCCUGCUGGCAUCAGUUUUGUGGCUUUAGACGAAGUUCAUUAUCAGCUAUUUGCUUUCAGUUCUCCCAUCAGAUGAAGGAUUUAAGAUGGGCGGACGGCGGGCAGACAUGACAUGCUUGCCUGUUCGGUUUGUGGAGAGGCGCUCAUUAGGAUCAGCUGAGGGGCCCAGGUGAUGGCGACUUGAUUUCAGCAUUAAGGUUUGGUAACUAUAGUAACACCUUUGGAAAUGGAUUUUCCUCCAUCCACUAGAGAAAGUUCAAAAGAGGUGUGCGGGUCAUGAGGCGCUCGUUGCCACGUUUGUUGUGAAUCCCAGACACACGUGGCUCCAUACGCUGACUUUGAUGGCGCUUUGUCAGGUGUGCACAGUAAGGUCGCUGCUCUUGUCUGCUCUUUCCUUUUGCUCGUAGCUGGACCCUGAGCUGACUUCAUUAGUAAAGUAGUGGCUGAGUUAGUUUAAGUUCUGCUUUGACUGCUUGAAGGCUGUUUGGAAGUUUGACGUCGUGUCUUUAGGCGUGCUAGUUAAAGCUGUUCUGCAGUUUUAGUCUCAUACUUUGUAAUAAAGGAUGUUUUGUUGGUGUGGGUGUGAAGGGAAAACCCUUUAAUAAAAGAUUGCGAUACACUGCGUGCUACUAUACUUUAUGCCGUUACACAUCCACGUAACCUCACGUCACAUGGUACCCUGUCUGUGUCGGUCUGCACUGGUGUGUGGUUCAUGGGAAGGAUAUGCAACAUGUCUGUGCAGUCCAACAGGAAAGCAACAGUGUGGGUGGAGCCUGAGGCAGACGUGCAGGUCACAUGCUGGGUGGUUGAAACGAUUUAAAGAACAGCAUGAGCUCUGUGUUUGUUAUAACUUUUUGUCUUUUCUGCAGCUGCCUGAAGGACCAGCCACGGGUCCAGCCAGUAUAGCCCCUACACUGGGCCGCGUUUUUGACUCAAACAGCUCCAAACAACAUCUCACACGGAUGUUUAGAUUUUUAAAACGCAAGUGGCAUUCAUCAGUUUUAGGCAUUCAUUAUUUCUUUUAUAUUAGCGUUUCAUAAAUCAUGCUGUCGGGUUUCACCCUCUUGGAUAGGUAAUUAAUUUGAAAGGUAAGAAUAAAAGUGUCCUGGAACAGGUUCAGUGUGGCCUGCUUCAGAUGAAGGUCAUAUGUGUGCCGUGUGUCAUCGUGCUGAAAUGAGUCGUCAUGUGUGCCAGAAGCUCUGGUUGGAUGAAAUAUGUUAAAAUUGGGGAAGAAAAACGGGGGAUGGCUCGAGCUUUUUUCUGUGUUGCACUUUAUGAAUAUUGUAUGAUGUACAAAUCAAUAUGUCUCCAAUUAAAUGCAUUAC